AUGGCUGAAGCCAGUGGAAAAAAUGACGAGGGCUUAGUGAAGCAAGAGCUUCCUCCAUUGACGGAUCAUGAGUUCAAGAUGUAUAACCAUCUUGCUGAAAAGAUGGAGUGGUUUCACAACAACUUCCGCCGAUCCUGGAACAUCCUCUGGCAAGCCUGCACCACAGGCCGUCGUCCUCAGGGCAUGUCCAUCAAACAGCUCCUCCAAAUCGGCACCGAAUUCGCCGAGCAUCUCACAAUGCACCACGGCAUCGAGGAGACUUACUUUUUCCCCAAGCUGGCUCAGCGGAUGCCUGAAUUCAACCCCAAGAAUGGAGACCUGGUGAAGCAGCAUGAAAAGAUCCACGAGGGCCUGGGAGGAUUCGAAAAGUAUCUGAAGGAGGUGAAGAGCGGCGAGAGGGACUUUGAGUUGAGCGUUUUGAAGGAGAAGAUGGAGAGCUGGGGAGGCGUGCUGUGGGCGCACUUGGAUGAUGAGGUGAGAUCGCUGGGGGCGGAGAACAUGAGGAAGUUUUGGACGAUUCAGGAGAUUCGGCGGUUAAACAUGUAA